CAAGUAAUCUUUCGCGGCAACUCACAAAGCAAUGAACUUGGAAUCAUAGGAGGACUGGGAUGCCAGUAGUGAGUCUGAAUCAGAGGAGGAGAUCAAGAAGCCAGUUGUCAAACCCCCCAAGAUGACUUUAGCCGAGAAGAUUGCUCAGCGCAACGCCGAGGCCGAACGCAAGAAGCAGGCCAUUUUGGAGAAGAAGGCCCUCAUCCCUGAGGAAGAGACCGAGGAGGAGAAGUUUGCGCGUCGUCAGCGUGAAAAGAACGCCAUUAUUGAAUCGGAUCUUGCCAAUGCUGCCGAUCUUUUCAGCGGUGUCAAGGUCACUGAUGGAGUUGUAGGACCUGCAAGCAAUCUCGAGACCAUGAGGCCUAAGACCAAGGACCAGUUUAGCGAGUACACCACCGAACUUGUCGCUCUUAUUCAGAAGCACGAGAAACAAGGCCUGUACGUCUCCUUCUUGGAGGGUUUAUUCCGCGAGCUCGCUCAGGGAUGCCGUGAUGUGGAUGUGCGCAAGUUCGCCACCACUUUGACGACCUUGGCCAACGAGAAGCAGAAGGCAGCCAAGGACGCCCUGAAGACCAAGAAGAAGGGCAGCAGCAAGCCUUCGCUAGUUGCAGCCAAGGUCAACACAGUCGUCGAUACGAAGGAUUACAGCAACGACUAUGACGAGUUUGACGACUUCAUGUAGAAAGAUGAAUACUCGAGAAAAAUAAACACGCGCUAUAUUUUGCAGACACAUGGCAAUCA